AUGAAUUCCGAUUUGGAGUACAUAUACGAGCACUAUGUUGAGUCGUCUGACGACACGUCUAAUGAGGAGGAAUACACAGAUGAGAUGGCCAUGAUGCAGGCGGUUCUUGAAGAUGCGGUGCGUGCAGAGGAGCAUGUUCUCAAUUUCAAGGGAUUGAUCAAGGGUCAUCGAGUGCUCAAUCGCAACAGGGCGCGCGACCAUUUGACACUGAUGGCCGACUAUUUUGCCCCUGAUGCACUCUCCGCUGGCCAUUUUCACCGGCAUUUUCGGAUGAACAAGACUGUCUUUGAUCAUUUAUACCAUGGCGUCCAGUCCUAUGAUGACUACUUCGUCUUGAAGAAGGACGCCAUGGAAACGAUUGGCUUUCGUGGUUACCAUAGGUGCACGGCCGCACUUCGGCUUCUUGCAUAUGGCACGACUGCUGAUUCGUGGGACGAGUACCUACGGAUGUGUGAGACCACAUGCGGAGAUGCCAUGUUCAGGUUUGUAACUGCCGUGGUCAAGGUGUUAAGACCUCAGUACAUGAGAUUACCAACUGUAGCAGACACUGAGAGGCUCUUGGCAAUCUCAGAAGUAAGAGGGUGGCCAGGUUUGCUUGGAUCUCUUCACUGCAUGCAUUGA